ACUGAAGAGAGGUUUCGAUGCAGCAAGCAGUAGCGACUGUUCACGGCGGGGAGCCGAACGACUGUCGACCCUGUAUAUCCUGAAAGGGUUGAUGGAUCGACUGAACCAGACACGCCCCGAGGGUUCACCCGCAAAGAAACCCUGCGAGGUGUUUGACCUUAUAGGCGGCACCAGUACUGGCGGAUUGAUUGCGAAUAUGUUAGGUCGAUUGGGGAUGGAUGUCGAUGAGUGUAUCAUGGCGUAUAUCAAGUUGACGAAAAUUAUUUUUGAUAAGCCCUCGAAACCGGGCGUGUCCAGCCUUUUUGGCAAGAUUAAGCCCUAA